AUGGCGCCACCGCCAGCUCCAAGAGUCGUACCCCGCGUAGCUCGCGCAGCCGCGCGAUACCGACCAGGCAAAGCCCCCCUUGGCGCCUCUGCAGAAGACUUCUCCGACUCGGACCAAGAUACGAGCCACAACGAUGCCCAAGCUGCACAUCCACCGGCUUCAGCCGACCUUUCCUCCGGAGCAGCAGCAUUACUAGCAUCCCAAUCAGCAGGACGAAAAACAGCAGGGAUAGUACUAAAUGAAGCCGGACCAAGCACAAAAAAGCUCGAUCUCCGCCUCCACACCUCUACUAAGCAGGAGGAAGAGGAGGGUUCGUCAGAGUACGAAACGGAUACAGACCCCGAGUCGGCGGCAGUUGCUAAGCCUGUUUUUCGUAAGCCUGGUGCGCCCGCUCCCCCACCGGCGGAGGAAGAAGGUUCCUCAGAGUACGAAACAGAUUCUUCAGAGGAGGAAAGUGAGCAAGAAGCACCAAAACCAUUGCUCAAGCCUAUAUUCGUACCCAAAUCGGCCCGUUCAACUAUUGCUAAGACCGAAGUUGAAACCAGUCAAGCAGAGGAGGAUCCAGAAGCGAAAGCUGCAGCUGAAGCCCAACGUCGCCGAAAGGAAGCACACGAUCUAGCUGCAGCCACGAUCCAACGUUCCCUUCUGCAAACUCAGCACGAGUCCACCCAAAGCACCGAGGUGGACGACACAGACGGCCUUGACCCAGAAGCUGAAUUUGCCGCUUGGCGAGAACGAGAGCUGGCCCGCCUCCGGCGCGACCAAGAUGCGCUCCUAGCCAAACAAGCCGAACAGCGUGAGAUAGAAGAGUUCAAAUCUCUACCCGAAUCCGAAAAAGAACGGCUUGGUCGAGAACGUGCAGCAAAGCUGAAAACAGAGAAGAUGGAGCAGCGCGGGGAGAGAGGCUUCUUGCAGAAAUACUAUCAUAAAGGAAGUUUCUUUCAAGAUAUGGAUAUACUUAAGAGGGAUUACAGCGAGAAGACAGAGAAGGAGGUUGAUGUGAGUAAGUUACCGAAAAUGAUGCAGAAGAGGGGAUGGGGUGAGAAGGGGAGAGGCAAAUGGACGCACUUGGCAAAUGAAGAUACCUCUACAUCAGCGAUCAGGUUGGAUGUGAUGGGGGCAGGGGGGAAGGGGGAUAGGAGCGGGUGUUUUGUUUGUGGUGGCGAUCAUUUGAAACGCGAUUGUCCUAAGAGGGAUCGUGGUGAGGGGGGUGAGGGGAGCGGAGCGAAUAGAGCGGAGGUUGCGAGUGGGAGUCGAAGCUGGGGAGAGGCCAAGGAGAACAAUGGAGAUAAAAGAGAGAGGAAGACGAGGGAGAGAAGCAGAAGUCCAAAACGAGAUUCAAGAGGCUAUGAGGACGAACGUGAACCGCGCGCUUCUAGCUCACGAUCUCGGCACCACGACGACAAAGACUCUCGCUCCCAUCGGUCAAGAGAGGAUCGCGAUCGCGAACAUGAUCGAGAAAGCCGCCGUCAUCGCGAUAAGAAAGACGAUUAUCGACACCGCUCUCACCAAUCUCAUCGAGACGACGACGACGACCAGAGAUCUAAAUCAGAUCGACACCAGGACACAGACGACCGCAAACACCGCUCUCGACAUCACAAAGACGAUCAAGACAGGGAGAAAGAGAGGUACAAGAGGCGAGAUAGGGAGAGAGAAGGUGACCAUGAUCGUGAGCAUCGUCACAGCAGCAGCAGCAGCAGUAGAAAACAUGGUCAAGAAGAAUCGGACCGGAAAAGGUCUCGAUUAGACACAUGA